AUGAAGCAGUCGGGAUCAAGGCAAAUGCCGCUCCACGGACGGUACCGACCGCUCCAGCUGCUGGAGGACGACGACAGCGACGACGAGUGGCAAGGUGAAGCUCGAGGCGUCCCAAGCUUCAUCAGCGGCGCUUCAAGCCCCUCUUCAGCCAUGGAGGCCGCUUCCAUCCCAUUGGCUCGUUCUCUACUCGAGCGUGAGCAGAUGACGUCAUUUCUACAGAGUUCGUGGGUGUUUCUACUGCUACUGGGCACGUUAGCCUCCGUAACAGCUUGGAGUGUCGAUGCAGGAGUGUUGGUCGUCACAAAGCUCCAUUCGAACUUCAUAGCGUUCGGAGACACGUGGUCUCUAGGUUAUAUCUUCUAUAUCCUCUUCCGCGUGCUCAUUCUGCUGCUGGGCGUGGGCUGCACGGUCCUCGUCUGUCCUGAAGCUGCGGGCUCCGGGAUUCCCGAGAUGAGGAGCAUCUUGGGAGGUUUUCCGUUCCCCAACUACCUCACAGGACGCGCGUUGGUCGCCAAGUGCGCUGCCUUGAUACUAGCACUGGGAAGUGGCCUCACUAUUGGAAAAGAAGGUCCGUUCGUGCACUUGAGCUCGAUUAUCGCUCGUCAGCUGCUGCAAUUGCCACUUUUUGAGCAGAUUCGGAAGUCCAAGGACCUGACACACCACAUGCUGGCAGCAGCAUGUGCUGUGGGCGUGACAGCAACGUUCGGAGCUCCAGUGGGCGGCGUGUUGUUCAGUAUCGAGGUCACCACGUCCUACUACGUGACGUCCAACUACUGGCGCGCCUUCUUCUCGUCCGUCGUGGGCGUCGUGGUCUUCCGUGGACUUAAUAGUCUCCUAGCUGGCUCGUAUGGAUCGCUAUUCACCACUUCUUUCGACCCACUACCGUACGAGACGUUCGAGAUCGCCUUCUUCUUGUUAUUGGCCGUCAUCUGUGGACUACUCGCUGCGCUACUGGUCCGGUCAUACCGCAUGACUCUGGAUAUGAAGAAGAAGUUUGAGGAUCAAUACGUACUGCCCACUUGUGGCCGAUUCCCCGGUGUAUCGCCCCUUAUCUACGCAGCUCUCGUGGCGUUUCUAUUCUCUCUGGUGGAGUAUCCAGUCGGCAGCUUUAUGCAACUCACGCAACGUCAAGCUAUCGAUGAUAUGUUCUCUACCAAGACGUUAGCGGCGGAUGAAGUGGCCACGGCGACGCACUUGUCGGUCGACUUCGGCAGCUCCUGGACGUCUCCGUCGCUCCAUUUGAACCUCGUUACGUACGUGGUUGUGCGGUUCUGGGCCUUGGCUAUCAGCGCCACGGUGUUCGUUCCCAGUGGGAUUGUUACGCCCGUGUUCGCGAUCGGUGCUGCACUCGGUCGUUUAUUUGGCGAGAUGGUCGUUAUUCUGAGUGAAGGAGAGCUGUCUAUUGGAGGCUACGCUGUCGUUGGAGCUGCUAGCUUCACGGCAGGGGUGACGGGGACCAUCAGCAUCGCAGUGAUCGUGUUCGAACUCACAGGCCAGCUGAGCUACAUGAUCCCUGUACUGCUCUGUGUGAUUGUGGGACGCGCUGUGACGCGCGUCUUCUCGCUCGACAUGUACGAGACGAUGGCUCGGCAGAAGAAUUUGCCUCAAUGGCCAGACCUGACCAAGCAGAUUUCCUACUCCCUCACAGCUGGAGAUCUCAUGCGGGACAUGCCUCCUUACUAUCUUCUUCGACAUCAAACACUGAACUCGAUCAAGCACUUGCUACAAGUCACUAGUCGCGCCAAGAAAGACAAGAUCGUUCGGCUGUUUCCAGUGGUGGAUGACACCAAGACGAUGGUGUUGUUGGGGGUUGCCACUCGAGAAGAACUCGAGUCUCUGGUGGUAUUGUGGGAGCUCAGUCUUCGUAGCGGCAGAGUCACCGACCGUCGUGUUUCUGUGGCUGGAAUCAUGCCGGAACAGGCUGUCGUGCUGUCCAAUCCAGCGACUGAAGAGUCCGAGGACGUGGACUUGGUGCAUCUCGAACUCUUGAGUCUGGAAGAAGAACAUUUUCACGCGCCUCGAGACACUUCCGCCAGUCAAGUGGUGCUACUCAUCUCGGUACACAAAGCUCCGCAGUUAUUCGUCACACAUCGAGGAAAGUUACAAGGUGUCAUCCAUGCUGCAGACCUGCUGGCAGGCUCACGCAAGUACAUGUUGUAA